UUUAUUCCAGGAAAUAGUCUGUCUCCAUCUGGCUACCAUCUUUGUAUUCACAAUGAAACAAGGAUUGUGAGUUACCUGGUGAUGCACAAGGUUCCAUAUACUGUGACAAAGCCCUGUGGCGGCUGGCUCCUCUGGAAGACAUGUAAAGUGACGCUCUACAAGAUGGUUCCUCAGACAGAGAACAAGACAGUGACGCAGCAGGUCACCAAGUGCUGCGAUGGCUACGUACAAGUCGGUCGUUACUGCGCCCUGCCUGUAAACAGGAGUGGAGAGCUCAUCGCCAAGCCAGGCUCCUGUCCAACUGCAGAUGGACUUUAUCCCGGAUCAGGGGACUGUGAGUGGGACAUGGACUGCCCAGGCUGGCAGAAAUGCUGCAAGAGACUGGGAUGUUCUCUCUGCAGUCAUCCUACAAGUUCAGCUAAUUAUUCUGUGAAUGGAGAAUAUCAAUGGAAUGUGACCGUGACGGUGAAGACAGAUCACCAGCAACUGUUGUCCAAGGAUAAAGGACUUCUGAAUCACACACGAUUACUACAUGCAAUGGUGACUGGAGCUUUGCAGUCUGAUGAGGUUUCAGUCCAUUACCUCAGCUCGUGGCCUGUGCAUCCAUACAGGACUGCAACGUCACUGCUGAUCGUCUGCAGCUCCACUCUGUCCCCGCACAAUGUCACAUCAAAGCUGCAUCUGCUCCUCAAACACAUACAAGAGGUGUCAUCUGUAACUGUGGAAGACGUAGACGAGUGCGUGCAGUCUGCUCUUCAUCAGUGCUCCCCUCAGGCACAGUGUAACAACACAGUGGGAUCCUACCAGUGUACCUGUCACCAAGGAUACGUUGAUGUUGAGCCUAGCAACCCAGGAGCCCAUUGUACAGCUGGUGACGGUGUGUGGAGCAGCACAGAGACCCCGCUGACCCACCUUCCACCCAUGACCACAACCUACACUCCAGCCCCCAACACCACACAGGGGCCUCCGGGCAGCAGCACCGCUGUUACCUUCAACUCCUCUGAGAUCAGCAUGACUACAGCUCUGAAUAAUACAAGCUCUGUCCCUUUUACUUCAUCACAUGCUCUGCAGUGGACGAGCUCUGCACCUUUUACCAGCAUGAGCUCAUCUGAGGAGUUACCUCUGUCGACAACCACAUGCUCUCCUCCCAGCAUCACCACCUUAACGUUGUUUAACGUUACUGGAACCUCCCUCUGUGUGUACUGGUCCAGCCAGUUUCGGACAAACCAGACAUACCGGGUUGUUCUGAGGAAGGGGUCAGAGGUCAUUCACAGUUUGGAAACCCAUCAGACCAUGGUGGAUGUGAGGGAACUGCAGCCUGGGGUGCUCUACAACGUCACUGUCACUCCUAGUGCCUGUGGAAGUGAAGGGGUCACCACACAUGUAUUGGUCAAGACGGAUGCUCAGACUCUUGACGCCACAACUCGACUCACCAACAUCAACUUCACCGCUGACCUGCACAACUCCAGCAGCCAGGCCUAUAAAAACCUCAAUGCCAGUAUCAUAGAGGAGAUCUACCAGUCUCUGUCUCCAGAAAUGAAGGCCUUGGUGGAUUCUGGCCAGGUGAGGAUUGAGAUCAGGAGCUUUUCAGCGGGCAGUGUGGUGGUCAACUUCACCCUCAUCCUCAUUCCAAGCCAAAGCCACGACAUCAGUAAUGUGUCAGUGGCUCUGCUAAACUCCCUGAUGAACAGCUCCAAAUACGCUGUGGAUAGAAACAGCACGAGCAUAACUGAUUCUAAUGAAUGUGAAUCAGGGGAAAACGACUGCUCCCAAUGGGCUUCAUGUACAAACACCGUGGGCUCUUACACAUGUGAUUGCCUGGAAGCAUUUAUAGACAACAACCCAGAAAGGCCUGGGCGAGCCUGUCGAGCUACCAUUACUCCUGGAAUGACAUCCACCACUAACCCCCCAACAACACCCACUGCCAUGGCAAUAGCUCCAACAACCAUGACUACAGCCCCACCAACCACCACUACUGCUCCAACAGCUAUGGCUACAGCUGCAACAACUACGGAUAGUGCCCCAACAACCACUAUUACUGCCCCAACAACUAUGACUUCUGCCCCAACAACCAUGACUACUGCCCCAACAACCACCACUACUGCUCGAACAGCUAUGGCUACAGCUGCUGCUGCAACAACAAUGACUACAGCCCCAACAACCAUCACUAAUGCCACAACAACCAUGACUACUGCCACAACAUCCACAAGUACCACCCCAACAAUCACCACUACUGCACAAACAGCCAUGGCUGCAUUUACAACAACAACCACUACUGCUCAGACAACCAUGACUACAACCCCAACCAUAGCUAUGACCCCAACAACCAUGGCUACAACCCAAACAACCACAAAUAUUACCCCAACAACCAUGACUACAGCCCAAACAAACAUGAUUAGGGCCCCAACAAACACCAAUACUGCAAUGACAUCCAUAACUUCUACUCCUUCAGCUACUGUCACCAACCCAACUGUUGUAGCUGCUACAAUCAGUGGUGUUGCCCAAGGCACUGAUUCUGUGCAAGGGGCCAUGUCAGUGCAGUGCAGGUUUACUGCCAUCACUGUAACAAUUGCCAGAGAAUUUCUUCAGAACACCAAAAUCAGUGAAGGCGCCCUGUACUUGGGCUCGCUGGAAUGUGGCGUCAACGGAGGCAAUGCCACCCAUGCCCAGCUGACCGUGGCCUGGAAUGAGUGCGCCACUAUACUUACACAUAAUGAAACCUACUACACAGUAUCUGUGACCCUGUUCAACACAAUGGAUCCAUACACCUCACCCAGUGGAGCAGUGGAGGUACCCAGAGUUCGGCUGGAGGUUCCAAUCUUGUGUCCCUACAAGAAGAGCAUGCUUAUCUCUGCUGACUUUGGCUCUAUGGGGUAUGACAUUAUUAAAGAUACCCUCCUGGGCCUGGGGUCGUUCCAUGUGAUGGUGCGGCUGAUGAAUGGGACAGUGCCUCUGCCCCACAACUACAGCUUGUCCCCUGAGGACGUGGUGGUGGUGGAGGUCAGCCUGAACACCUCCUCAGAGCAGAUUAAAGUAGUCAUCAACAAAUGCUGGGCUACUCCCACCCCGAAUCCUGCAGAUACCCCCAGCUACAUCUUCAUUGAAAACAGCUGCUCCCUUAACACGUACACCCACGUGUUGAUGAACGGGAACUCCAGCACAUCUCGAGUGUCUGUGCAGAUUUUCUCCUUCGUCAACCUGGAUGUGAUUUAUCUGCACUGCCAGAUCUACGUCUGUGUGCAGAUUGGAUCAGACACCUGUGUGCCUUAUCUGACUCAUGCAGUUUCAGACAACUUGGAGCAGGAGUAUGACACUGUUCAUAUUAUCGGCUUCGCCUGCCUGGGAGUCGGUCUGUCGCUCCUCUUCAUUGGCGCCUUCGUCUGCCUUUACUACUACCAGAGGAACCGCAUCGGACACUACAACUUCAGUGCCAAACCCAAGCAGGAGAACUUCACUUACCUUGUCUUCAACACCUAAAUCACAGAAGUAAACCACUCUCAAUAACUUACUUUACUGUAUCGUCUCCACUAGAUGCCACUGUUUGGCAGUUCUCACAUUAGUUCUGAUUAAAAUAUGACAAAUCUUUGCACAUGGGAAAAUAAAUAAAAAAGUACAGAUGAUGUUAAUA